AUGAAUCAAUCUGUAACAUCGACCCUUAGGUACGCUCGAGCCGACAACGAAGCUCUUUUGAACGAGAAAGCGUAUAUCCUGAACUACUCUACACCUCCAGAGAUCGCCCGCAGCAAUUUCGUCAUCGACUUCUUCCCUGGGAUCAAGAUCAACAACCUCAGAACUGCAGGUCUAAGCUUUGUCGAAAAUGGAUUAUCCAUCGCUACGCUGCCCGACUGUAUUUCAAAAGAAGAAUUCGAUGACGAGGAAAUGAUAGAAAAACAUUAUCUCCCGUCAGUACAUGACUGUCUUCGUCAGACACUGGGCGCACAGAAUGUGUUUAUCUUCGAUUACAUGAUCAGAAAGCGUGAACCAUCAUUUCCAUAUCAGCCCAAAACUGAUGACAAUGCACCUCAGCCUGCUCUAUCUGCUCACAUUGAUUAUACCGAGGACGAAAUAAAAGGCAGACUCCAUCAGUAUUUCAAAGAGAAGGCGGAAAAUUAUGGGAAACAAUGGUUUCAAAUUGUAAAUGCUUGGAAGCCACUUGAAGGUCCACUAAGAGAUUACCCUAUGGCGUAUUGCGAUGCAAAAACAAUGGACCCCCAAAACGAUCUCUUAGCAGUUGAUGAGGUUUUCCCAACAGUAGCGAACGAGGUCUAUCAGGUUCUUUAUAAUCCAAGCCAUGAAUGGUACUACAUACCAGAUCAGUCAGCUUUGGAACUCGCUAUUUUUGCUGGUUAUGAUUCCCGUAGAGGUCAAAACCUCUCUGUGCCGCACUGCUCUUUUGACCUGGGUGACAAGUCCUCCACAGGCCCGAGGCAAAGUAUUGAGGUUAGAGCUUUUGUUUUUUAUGGAGAAAAUUGA